AUGUCAUUUCGAAAGCGAAAUGUCGGCCUGUCUGCAGGCGCUGAUCGGUCUGCGGCCAGUGCCGUACAACCAGCCCCGCCUGGAGUAAUUCCAGGCAUUCGCCCCUCCCCCGACGAUGGACGACCAACAACUUCGACAGGUACUCCGUCGCUAGACAAUCUUCUUGCGGGCCAUGCUGGUCUCCCGAUGGGCAAGAGCUUGCUGAUUGAGGAGAACGGUACUACGGAUUUUGCGGGUGCAUUGCUACGAUACUACGCGGCGGAAGGUGUGGUUCAAGACCAGAAGGUUCAUGUGGUCGCGGUGCCCGAGCAAUGGGGUCGUAGUCUACCGGGUCUUAUUGGCACUGCAGAGUCUCUGGAGGAGAAGCGAUCCGAUAAGCGCAAGGACGAGCGAAUGAAGAUUGCCUGGCGGUAUGAACGAUUGGGCGAGUUUGGCGCUGGAGUGGCUGGCGCGAGAGGUGGUGAAAGACUGAUAAUUGCCGUAGCCUCGGCACCAGCAGCUACCGGAGAACAAGAUCCGAACGCGAAACAGCCGCCUGCCUUCUGUCACGCUUUCGAUCUCACCAAGCGCCUCGCCCACCCCUCCAUCACCAAUAUGACGUUCAUCCCCUUCACGCCCACGAAAGACUCGCCCUUCCCCCCGGUUCUGAGCCGACUCCAGACCGCAAUUGCUUCGAGUGCGCCAAACACUAUCCAUCGCAUCGUGAUACCGUCAUUGCUCAACCCGACUUUGUACCCGGCCGAGUCCUGCCACCCCGAAUAUGUCCUGCAAUUCCUCCAUUCCCUCAAGGCAUUGCUCAGCGCGUAUCCUACUCGUGUAACCGCGAUGAUCACUUUUCCUCUUUGUUUGUUCCCUCGUUCAUCCGGUGUGGUUCGUUGGAUCGAGUUGCUGAGCGACGGCGUAAUCGAACUUUGCCCAUUCCCCCAUUCCGCGGAUGCCCUCACAACAUCGGGAGCCGCGACAUCACAGGAGGAGUCCCCGCAGGGCAUGCUCAAGACCCAUCGACUCCCGGUGCUUCAUGAACGUGGUGGUGGAAGUGACCAGAAUGUGGGACAAGAUUGGGCUUUCAUUUUGAGUCGGCGGAGGUUCGAGAUUAAACCGUUCAGCUUGCCGCCCGCCGAGGGUGAUACGGAAGCUCAGGAUACCUCGGCACAAGGCGGAAUGCCCAAGAAAUCGGACCUGGAGUUCUAA